GAUCGUUAUCGAAGUCAAGAAAUUGAGGAGCCAUCGUUAUUACAAUUUUUGGCUGCUGGUCAACAUCCGGAUCCAACAAAUGAUGCGGAAGCAAGAUUUCAGUAUUCUUCAAAAAAUUUGCUCAGACUAGAUUGUUGUGAUAUUUUUCGUAGAUGCGCGGAAUGGUUGAAAAAUCCUGGUGCUACCAGACAGUCGGAAUACGGAUCUUUUGAAAAUCCUGUAGCAACAGACGAGCCCAGAAAUGCAACAAAUCAUAUUGCUAAUGCUUCGAGCAUAUGA